AUGGGCAAUCCUCCCCCCGUUCGUCGGGGCUCUUCCACCGGCCAUCUUCCACAACCGCUUACGUCGGUGACUUCGAACUCGAUCAAAUAUCCGCCGCCGCCCACGACUACGACGAUAGCUUCUUCAGAUGACGUUCCUCCUGUGCACCCGUCUCUUCUUCAGCCUCGCGUAGCUGUCGUUCUCAAUGUUCCUACACCAUGGCAUCCUUGGCUCUUUGCUCUACGGCUGUUCUCCAUCCUGCCAGCAUUGUGGUGGGGGCUGCCUUCUGCUGUUCAGCUGCUAUUGCGAAUCCUGCCAGGGCCAGAAAUAGUCGUUGUUGUGCCCUCGACGACAGGAGGAUCCGUGGCUAUGAGUGUCGAGCAAGAUGCGCGGCUCAUCAACUACACUCCUCAAGCGACCAUGGUCCGACUUCUCACAACAAACAUCUGCAACGCCUAUCUCACCCAGGUCGUUCUCUCCGCCGCGGGUGGUUUUGAAGACCCCCGCCUCUUCCUCCCAGGCUGGAUUGGUAUAGCUACUACUCUCACCGUCAUGUACCACAUCACCCAUCAGAAGAUCAAUAUCCGCAAGGAGACGUCAACAUCUAUCAACGUUUUUUCCAUAGCCAGUUUCUUUAGUAUGGUGACUCUACUGGCGCAUAUGCACCAGUUUACGCCCGAAUACCCCCAGAUGCCGAUAGUAACCAACGGACGGCGCGCAUGGGAUGAGGCAUCGCGCGUUGUCGCUCAGGUCAGGGGGAGCGUCGAACAACACGGCGACUUGUAG